CGAUGAGGCUGACCGGCUCGCCUUACUGCAGGCCUCCGAGAAACUCACACAAGCCCUGGAGACUCCUAUGGACAAGUUUCUACGUCAUUUCUUCGUGCGUCUUUUCUAUAUUGGUAUCCAUUCUACAUCCGAAAUAUAUGCUCACUAUACCAUAACACAGGACUAAUGAUGCUAGGCAAUUUACGACCCAAUUGUGAUCAUUCUCGCCGUUGACCUCAACCUUGUCGACAUCGCCAUAGCAAACAAUGGGCCUAUCACCGCCGUCGAGCUGGCAGAGAAGAGCAAAGCAGAUAUCAGGUUAAUCAGUAAGCUUUCUUCCAUCGAAAAUAUCACGAGCUAUCAAUUACUGAUCCAAUCAAGACCGUAUCCUCAAGAUGCUCGUUCCCGAAGUCUUCACCUCCACAGCAGACUAUCCACAGUGCUACACCCCAACUGCCUUCGGCCGUGCCAUAGCAAAGGGUGCACCUCUUCGCAGCGCCAUUAUCCACUUCCAUUACCACUUCCGCUCGGCUGCGAAGUUCCCCGAUUACUUCGCUGCAAACGGGUACAAGCAUCCCGUAGACGCCCGCGAUAGCCCCUUCUGCUUCGCCUAUGGCUGCAAAGGCGAGACCUAUUUUGACUUCAUGAACAAGCCGGAGAACGUGAAGAUGUUCGACGCCUUCAACGAAACGAUGACGCUGGUGAAGCCAGGUGAGCACAACAAAUUUGUGCAAUCGUACCCGGUCAAGGAGCGCCUCGCUAUUACCGAGCCCUCGCGCCCCCUGUUCGUCGAUGUCGGCGGCGGCGUAGGUCAUCAAGUAGUAAAGUUCUGCGAGCGUGCAGAGGGGCUGCCAGGUGUGCGCAUGCUGUUGGAUCUUCCAAGCGUUAUCGCACAGGCUAAGGGUCUGCCUGAUGGCGUCGUAACCGUCGGACAUAGUUUCUUCGAUCCCUUCCCGCCGGUCGUCAAGGGCGCAAAAGCCUUUUACUUGCGCAUGCUUCUACACGACUGGCCAGAGAUGCAAGCCCUUACAAUCUUGACAAACAUUGUCAACUCGAUGGCUGAGGAUAGUGUAGUGCUAAUUCAUGAAGUCAUUCUACCAGAGACGGAGACGGAGGUUGUGCAUUUCGAUGCCAAGAUGGAUUGGCAAAUGAUGAACUUGGGCUCUUCGGAACGCACUGAGGCGCAGUGGAAGGACUUGUUUGGAAAGGUAGGGUUGGAGAUAAGAGGUCUGUGGUGGGAAGAAGAGGGUACGAAGGGUAAGAAGGCGUUGAUGGAACUUGGAUUGAAGAAAUAAGAAAGUAUUUUCUUUUUAAUUGAAGUCAUUACGCACGAUAUACAAGAUGCGAAAUCAAGAAUCUGCUCUCAGCGUGGAUGUUCUGACAUGCACUGUGUCCGUGUAAAAUUGUCGUG